CCAUUGAAAAAUAUAUAGUCGUGCUCCUCGGGAGUCUGCUAAAGCGGGUUCGAACCCUGUCCCUUUAAUUUUCCUCCUUGAGUGUGUGUAACAUGACUCCUGGAUCUCCUGAGCGUCGGAGCUGCAGCAGGACCGCGGAUGUGCUGACGUGUCCGGCUUGUGUGUGUGUGUGUGUGUGUGUUUUCUGCCCUCGGUCAGGCAGUAGUUGUGCUUCACCCAAGGCAGAAUGACUGGACUCAAAUCACAUUUUAAUCUUUUUAUCCUAUUUAUCUGCGUGUGUUUUUCCAAAGUGUCGGCAGACCGGCGGUUCUCUGACUUUAAACGAUGUGCCGAUGACGAAUGUAGCAUGCUUCUUUGUCGAGGGAAAGCCUCAAAGGACUUCGCCGGUCCAGACUGCCGAUUUCUGUCCUUUAAAACAGGAGAGACUAUAUAUGUGUACUAUAAACUCUCAGGACAGAGGUCAGAUAUCUGGGCUGGAAGUGUUGGUAACAGCUUUGGCUAUUUCCCAAAGGACUUUCUGAACAUUAAUCACAUAUAUACAGAAAACGAAAUAGAAGUACCUACAGAGGAAACUGAUUUUGUGUGCUUCGACACUGGGCGAGAUAAAUUUGAAAGCUACAACAUUGAUGUGCUGCUACGCAACUCGUUAAAUGCAGCCGAUGAACCGAGCCAUAAAACGGAAGAAAUAUCUCACAUUGAGGAUCCUGAUCAGGAUGGAGAGAUGGAAGAAAACGGCAUGGACGUUGUGAACUUGGACUCGCUGCAUACAGGAAGUGAAGCUGAACACGGAGAUGACUCGGAAGAUGACGACGGUGAGUUCCAAGAUUCCAUGACCGCAUCAUCGGAAACAACAGCUUCAUAUGAAAAGGAUAAAGACGGUGAAAGUGACUCUGCUGAAGGUGAAGGUGCUGAUGAAGAUUCUGAGAAAAUCAUUCCAGAUGAACCUUCGCCUAAGGAGGAUGGAGUUUUCCAGAAGAAUAGUUACCGUACCACACCGGUGGAAGCACCCUCCAUAUUAAAAACCACUUUUGGCGAAACGUUUGACGCUGUUACCUCAGAUGAUGAAAAAACACAGAAGGUAACAACCGAUGAUGAUGAUGAUGACGAUGAUGAAGAUCAGAACAAUGACUUAUCUGAGAAACCAAUUGAAGUAGAAGAGGAAAGUGUGAAAAAGCCUUCGCUGCUUACUUUCGAGGAGAAGUCGCGUUAUCUUGAGGACGAUGUUCCCGGUGCGGCCGAAUCAGAAGAUAAACACGUUCUAUCACAGAAUGAAGAAAUGGCUCUUGUUGAUGAGGCGGCUAAGGACAGAGAGACGGGAGAAACCAGCAGGAACUUCGAAGGCGGCGAUUUGCGAGAAUCUGAAACAAAUCAACUGCCAGUGGAAACAACAGCUUCAUAUGAUGCUGAUUCUCAUCUGGAGAAACCCACAGACAAAGCCAGUCCAGAUGAACCUUCAGCUAAGGAGGAUGAAGUUUUCAAAAAGAAAAGUGACCAUACCACACCGGUGGAAGCUUCCUCACAGUUAAAAACCACUUUAGGUGAAACUUUCGAUGCUGUUACCUCAGAUGAUGAGAACACACAGAAGGUAACACCCCAGGAUGAUGAGGACGAUGAUGAAGAUCAGAUCAAUGGCUUAGCUGAGCAACCAAUUGAAAUAGAAGAGGAAAGUGUGAAAAAGCCUUCGCUGCUUACUUUCGAAGAGAAGCCACUUUAUUUUCAGGACGAUGUUCCAGAGUCAGAAGAUAAACAGCCUCCUGUCUCAGAUGAGGAAGCGAAGGAUGACAGUAUGUGGUCUAAUUUCGGGGACACGGUCUUUAAAAUUGUAAGCGGAGGUGAGAGGACUGAUUUACCUGACGAUGAUGAUGAUGAGGAGGAGGAGGAAGACCAUGAUACUCGCACUAAAACAACUGAAAAAGAUCUAGAUGAGAUUCAGACCAUUGAGGUUCAUGACUCAGAAACAAGUGAAGGAGCAGAUGAAAUAAAGCCAUCUAUUAACGACUCUGUAAAGAACGACAGUCUAUAUGUACAGAAACAAAACCCUGAUGUCUCAAAACAUAAUAAAGAAUUAAAAGGAAUCAAGUCUUUAGAUCCGAAUGAGAACCUUAUCGAUGGUGUGGAAUCUGAAUCCGUUCCUCCGACACCACCGUUAGAAGAUAUAAAGCCAGUGUUGGACAAACCCAUCAAAUCUUUUUCAGAAAAAACUAUUGUAAAGCCAAACCCCAGUGAAAUUAAAUCCCACACAUCUGAGGCUCGCUUCCAGGAACGUGCUCUUGAUGCUCCUGAGCUUGAUGAACAAAUACAGAGAGUUAAAAAUGAGAUUAUCAAAACAUUCGAAGGUGCACUUAAAACAGAAAAACUGUCUGUAGAACCUGGCGUUGAGGAGGAGGAAGAGGAUGAGCCUGCUGAGGAGCUGCUGGAAGAUGAAAACGCUGUUUUAUCCAUGAAAACCGAGCUCGUUGAUGAAGAAGAACCUGUUAAAAACACCAGCCUUGAAUCUCACUUAGAAGAAAACGAAUCAGCCUCACCUAAACAACCACGUGACACCUCGCCAGAACUGGCAGCUAAGAACGUGUCAGAACUGAAGACUGGCCAUGAUGGAAAAACCGGCACCGAAUCAACAUUAUCGAGCGUCUCAGACCUGGCAGCUGAUAAUGGAAACGAUAGAAAGUCUGACAGAACCAGUGCCGAUCCGGCUGUCAGUAAAGAGCCGGAGUACAGCGACAGCAUACGGAGACUGACGCUUUUAAGAGAUCACUUCAAAGACGACGAGAUCGAUCGCAUCUUGCGCCACCUUAACGUUAAAAACCUUUACAGAAUUGAAGCCAUGUUCACCGACUUGGAUCAUCAGCUGAAGUCUGCGAAGCAGUCUCUGUCCCAGAACAGCGAGGACCUAGAGCACAUGCUGGCGAGUGUCCUCGAGGUGUCCGAAAACGCCAUACUCGAUGAGAUCGACAAAAUGCUGGACGCUCGGGAGCAAAAGGCGCUGGAACUCGGAGAGCAGCUUGACCAAGACGUGAUCGAUGAGGAAGCUGCUGUUUUGGAUGAUUUUCAGGAGUUGGCUUUUUCUCUACAUCGGAAAUACAGUGACAGUGUGCCUUUGGCGAAGGAGAACCAGUCUCGCUCGGAAAUGGCAGAGAACGUGCCUGAAGAGGUCGAAAUCCCAGUGGAAACCGUCCCAUUGACCGAAGAAACCGAAACUCCAGAAGUUCCUCAGGAAGCCGCUGAGCUGUUCAUCGGCCAAGGAGGUGAAUCCCACAGCCAGGACGUGGGCCCUGGGGAAGAUGGAGGGCAUUUCAAUAAAAACGAAGACAAUCAAGCAGCUUUGCAGGACACAACAGACAUUCAGAGAGGACCACAAGCAAUCCUGGAGAAUCCUUUGGACAUUUUAGGAUUUGAAAUCGAUCCAUCUUCAGAUUCACUGGACUCUCCGAGGGCCUCAGAUUUCUCGGACAAUAAUGCAAACUAUGACCAAGCAAGCAAGUCAGCCUCGGAUCACGCCUCAGACUACUUUCUUCUUGCAUCAGAAUUUAUUGGCAUGUAUGCAGAAAUUCUGAUUGCUGCUUUGCCUGAGGAAUGGCAGCCGGGUCCUACAUUCCACGGCCUGCCCUGGAAGCCAGUGGUUGCUACAGCUGUGGUGGGAGUUCUCACCAUGCUGGUGUUCAUGUGGAGGACCAUUCUCUCUGUCAAAAGCAGGAUGUAUCUCUUAACAGAAAAGCAGCUUGCAGAGAGGAUUCAGCAGCUUAUCAGUGAGAAAUCAGACGUCCUCAACAAAAUAACGGAACUAAACAAUUCGAUUAAGCAGUAUGAAGAAAAGCUGAACAAUUCAGAAGAGUCACAUUCUUCUCUACAGAAGGAGUUCAGCGACCUCAAGACACAUUACCAAGAUCUCAACAAGCAGAAAGAGAAACUGUCUGGUAAUUUUGCUCGACUCUGUGAGAAAAUUGCAAACACACAGGAGGAGAACAAAACUCUGAAUGAGAAGAUAUCUACAAUGCAUCAAGGAAUUCAGGACUAUCAGAAAACUCUAAAAGUGUAUGAUGAGGAACGCUCAAAGGUUCAGGUUCUCAUGGAUGAAGCUAAGCUCAGAGAAGAUGCCCUGAAAGCUCAAGUGCUGUCGUUUGAAAAGGAUAACAGUGCCUUGAAAGAACAGAAGAAAUCUCUGUUCCAAGACGCCAAGGACUGGCAAGAGAAGCAUGAAAAGCUGAGUGAGGAAAUCAAAGUUUACCAUAAAAGGCAAACGGAGCUGGAGAAUGCCCUUGUGCACAAGGAAAACGAAAUAGACGUUCUGUCUGGAUGCAUCACUGAGCUGAAGAGCCUUGAUUCAUGUAAUGAUGCGGAGCUAGGGAACGACAAGAACGGUGAUCCACUGAAGCUACACCUCAAGCAGAUGAUGGAUGUCUCAAGGAUCAAGGCUACUCUUUCGGUCAUCGAGGAUGAGCGGAAUCGCUUGUUUGAAAACUUCAUGACUGAACAGAAAGCCAGACAGGAACUUGAAGAGAAAUUUCAGAAGGUCGUCCAUGACCAAACAAAUCUGAAAAAUGAGAAAACCCAUCUGGAGAACCAGUACAAGAACCUACAACAGCGACUAGAAAUUACAACUGAAUUGUACCACCAGAAGGAAAAUAUCCUACACCAGAAGCUGACUCAGGAAGAGCUGGAACGGCACGAAAAGGAGAGCAAGCUGUCUGAGGUGGAUGGCCGAGCCUUGCAAGCCGAAGAGGAACUGAACCGACUCAGGCAGAAAGUGAAAGACAUGCAGGAGGAAAUGCAGCAAAAUGAGAGAUCUCUCAAGGCCGAGAUUGCUGUUCAGGAAAAGAAAGCCCAUGAAAACUGGUUAAAAGCCCGUGCUUCUGAGCGAGCCUUGAUAGAAGAGAGGAGAGAAUGUGCUAAUCUGCGUCAGAAGAUUGUGGAGUGUAGUGACAAAAUGUCAGAUUUAGAGCAUGCCCUGUACAAGUCUGGUCCUCCUGACCGCCACAUGCCUCCUCUACAGAGAGGGGAUUCGUACGGGCCUUCCCCUGUGAGUGGUGGUGCCCCUUCUCCACCUUUAAUGAUAGAAGAUCCCGGACGCCCUCCAUCUGGUACCAUGGGGCGAAGGAGUGAGCCUUUCGGGCCACGACUACUUCUGGACGGCCAUGGACGCUCCGCUGACCUUGGACAUCCGCUGCCGUUUCGGCCAGAAUUGUCCGGCCCUCGCACCUCGUCUCCUUGCACACAAGACGGAUCACAAAUAGAUGCUGAGGUCACAAUUCAGGCCUCCACUGAUCCUACAGAGGGAAUCUCCAAGUCCCAGAGACCGGGAACAUUUCUCCCAUCUCCCAUCAGGGACUCUCCAGUUCCAGCUCCAAAUGCUCUUCCAAAGGCUUAUGGCCCACCAAUGGGUGGACCACUUCCUCCGAUGAACGGACCACUUCCUCCAGUGAUGCGACCACCCAACGGCCAUUCACCAAUGAUUCCUCCUGGACCGCCUUUUGGACCUGAACCUCCUUUCAGGCCACCCCACAUGGACUCCUACAGACCUCCUUUCCCUUUGCGCCCAUAUGGACCCAUCCCUGUACCCUUUGGGCAUGGGCCACCUCGGAGAGACUUCCCCUCCAUGAGUCCACAUCCAGGAUCGCAUGGCAUACACGACUUCCCACCUAAUUAUGCCGGACCUAAAGACUCGCCGUUCCCACCCCAGCCGUUCCUUACUGGUCCUUUGCCACCACCUGGAGCCAUGGUUCCACCCUCUGUUGGUGCUCAUGGACCACCUCCACCUACAGCUCUUCAGCCUAGGGAAGGCCAAGAGAUGCCACAUGCUGCAGACGCACCACCUGGGCAGAGGGUCGCACAGGAUGCUCGUACACCUGCAGUAACAGAAUCGUGAACAAUGAAUAUCUUUGAACCAGUAAUAAAGAAGCCCACCGAGCUCAGUGCUGGACUUUCUGUUAUUUUUUAAUGCUUAACAUUUCAAAAUGCAUAACUAUCAUUUCUUUUCUUUUCUUUUCUUUUCUUUUUUUAAACCUAAAAUAACGAAAAUAUUUCCAACAUUCACUCCAGUCUCCGGCGCAGGAAUCUGGAGCUUUUCUGUAAAUCUGUAUUUAAAAAAACAUAUUUCUUAUGGAAAUUUUCCAAAAAUUUGGAGUUUAAAAACAAAUUCGGCUGUGUUGUUUGUUGACUUUGUUGAGAAUGACCACUACUUAUCCCUUACAGAUGUUUCUUAGUGAAUUGUGAGAUUUUAGAGACUGAGCUAUUGUGCUUCUUAACAUGAAUUAAGGCACAGCAGAGAAUUACAUUUGUUUGGCUAAAGAAUUAAGACCUGGGGCUGCUGUUUUUAACCCCAAUAAUGAACAGAUGCUUCGCUGAUAUUUUGCUUUUAUUGCUAAGAAAUGCAUGAUACAGCCCUUGAUAUGAAAAUUGAAAUCAAAAUGCAUCGAAUAGUUAAAUCGGCACAUGAUGUUUCAUCCCGAGUCGUUUGGCGUGUGUUUUAGCGUGUUUUUAUGAUUUCUUUUCCUAGUGAAAAGACCCACUUGCUGUCAUAUUGACAAACUAUGUGCGUUUCCCUUCAUCUGUGUACAAUAAAAUGAUAAUGACUCAAACGGUCAGAACUGCA